GGACGUUUUCUUGACGAUUGACGGAGAACUCUCUUGCCAUAAGCAGAGGGAUAAUGGUUCUGAUUACCCCAGGUGGAAGACAAGGGAGGAGGACGUGUCAGAUGGUGAUGGUGGUAUCAUGAUGGCGAGCGGCGUUAAGACUGAAAGAGUGGGCGUCGACUUAGAGAGUGAUGCGGGGACAUCACCACAUGCAAGUUAUUCCAAGUAUCGUUCCAGUACCUAUCAUCACGAGAAGCAGAACCCUAAGGCGAAACGUGUUAAUUAUGUGGCCGAUGAAUACGAUUGGAGAGAUCUUCUACACGAUCCCCUUGUGCUCAUCUUCAGCUUUCUUGCUGCUAGGGACAGGUUUCGCGCUGGCAAAGUCUGCAAGACCUGGUAUCGAGCCUCCUGGGAUCCCGGCUGCUGGAAGCAAGCUGUUAUUUCGUACGAUUGCCUAGGCUGCCGCCAUCAACAUCAACGGGAGAUAAUCAAUGUGGUGGAGAGGAUCAACGCUCUAGAUCGAAUCCGAUUAAAUCAGAUAGCUGCGAUGGAUGUCGUCACACGCGGGCAAGAUGCAAUUGCGACUGGGUGCCGAUCCCUUUCCCAUCUCGAAAUCUCGAUGUGGAUAUCUCCUCUACACGUGGCGGAGUUCACGGCGAAACUGGCGCCUCGUCUUCCAAAGCUGACUUCUUUGGCCCUUUCGAACACCCAGAUCACCGAUGAUUUACUGAGCGCCACUGCAGACAGCCUUCCUGAUUUGCAAGCACUGACGUUACAGAUGGAGCAGUGUAUCACGGACGCCAGCUUGGGCGUAAUUGCCAGAAAGCUGAAGCGAUUGAAAACGUUCGAUCUGAAGAUGUGCGGCUCAGUGACGACAGGGGGUGUGAACUCUUUGCGCUCUCAAAGGCAUGAUCUGGACGUUGAAGUGUUGAUGUGCUGAUUGUUUUUGAAGUGUUGAUGUGCUGAUUGUUUUUGAACUGUUGAUGUGCGGAUUUUUUUUUUUUUUUUUUUUUUUUUGACCAACACAUUCAAUAUAGUGCUGAUUGUUUUGAAGUGUUGAUGUGCUGAUUGUUUUGAAGUGUUGAUGUGCUGAUUGUGUUGAAGUGUUGAUGUGCUGAUUGUGUUCCGAGUAAUCAAGUGUGUGUGUGCCGAAGUACCGUCAUAGAGAAAUGCCUACUAUGGUGAAUCGUAGGCAGAGAGAGGGAGAAAGAUGACAACAAACCACGGGCUGUGCAAUUAUGCUGUGUCAUCUAAGUUUCACCCACUCAUAGAUAUCGACAAACAGAACACCAUAGAGAGAUAGGGAGAGGGAGAAGAGGGCAACAAGCGAAGGGUUGUGACAGACUGUUUCGUCGAAGCUUCACCAACU